AUGGCAGAAGAGUAUCAACCAAGAGAUAUUAAGGCAGAGGCUCAUUUCAACAAAAUCAUGACUUCCUCAGUCACUACUCCCUUCUAUCUUAGAUACAACUUAUCAUAGGAAAACCCAGAUCUUCCAAACUUCAAUUUUGGAAAGCAUUUUAAUCCAAGACUUGCAGAUGAGUCAGAAUACUUCUAAAGAUUAAAUAAAUUGAUGAGUUGUGUUCAAAAGAAUGUUGAUAAGGAACUUACUCCUGCUUAACAAGAUAAGGUCUGUGAGAAAGAAUUCAAAUAACUUAGAUUAGCUGCCUUCUCGAGAGACACUCUCUAUCAUAAUGUCAACAAGAGGCUAUUCCAAAAUGAACUCUCAGUCAUCAGAAACGAAUCUCCAUAUUGA